UCAGACUAUCUGGUGGAUGGUCAAAUGUUUUUUUUCAAAUUUAUCACCCUGGGCAAUGGUAAUUAAUGGAUCUGUCUCGAGUUUACUUGAAAUGUCAGUACCGCAAAUUUUCUCAAACCAACAACAUCUACUUCAAGACAAACCAAAAAGAGCAAUGGCACAAGGAGAACAUGGAGUAUGAACGCACUUUCUAGAAAAACGACGCUUCAAAAGAGCAAGAAGCUAAAGCUCAAAAAGUGGAAAUCAAGAAGCUUACAGCAAACGGAAAAAACAAGGACAAGGAAGUAAAGAAAUAGAACCACGUGCUGAUCUUCAAAACGCUGAUGCGCCCCGAACAGAGCUUCAGAAGCAAAAAAAGGGCGCCGCAAAUGAAAGCAAAGGAUGAGCUGGAGAAAACCUGAAGAUUGAAAAGUCAAGAGCCACAUAAGCAGCUGAGAUGAUAAUAAAUGAUCUAGGAAACUAUAAAACUGAUAUUACUGUUAUUUUUUAGUUCCAUAAAUAUGUUUAAUUUUA